AUCUAGAAACAAUGUAUGAGCUGUGAGUCGGUGAAGGACGAUGGCGUCUGUUAAAGAGCUGCUCGUGGACUCACUGAAGGAACUGUUAGAAGCUGAACUGAAGGAGUUUCACUGGCGCUUAAUGAAUGCAUAUCAUAAGUGUAUAUCAAAGUCUGAAAUGGAAAAGGUAGAUAUAUUCGACACAGUGGAUAAAAUGGUGUUGUGUUUUGGACCAGAAGAAGCUGUGAAGAUCAUGGUGGACAUCCUGAGAAAGAUGAAGCAGAAUGAUCUGGCUGAACAGUUGGAGAAUGAACACAAGCAAGCUCAGGCUGAGGGCAAUAUGAAGACAUCUGUCCCUGUUGGAGAGCUGCAAAACUUCUUGAAAACUCACAAAAACAACAUGAAGAAGAGAGUAAAAUAUAUUUUUGAGGGCAACAAAGACAAUGACACAGAUCUCAAGACUGUUUACACAGAGCUGUUCAUCACAGAGGGAGAUAAGAAAGAUGUCAAUCACGAACAUGAGAUUCUGACGAUUGAUGAUGUUUUCAGGAACAAAAAAACACAGGAAAAACCAAUCAAAUGCAAUGAUAUAUUUACUGAACUGAGAAAAAACAAUGAGGAGAAGAUUGUGCUGACCAAGGGAGUCGCUGGCAUCGGAAAAACUGUCUCUGUGCACAAGUUCAUCCUGGACUGGGCAGAAGGAAACACCAAUCAGGAUAUAGACUGUGUGUUCCUGCUUCCAUUCAGAGAGAUCAACAUGAUUAAAGACAGAGAGGUCAGUCUCCAUGAGUUUCUGCUGAAAUUUUAUCCUGAAUUGAAGGACCUGGAGAAAUCAAAGUUAUAUAAGGAAUGUAAGCUAGCGUUUAUAUUUGAUGGACUUGAUGAGAGUCGACUGCCAUUGAACUUUAAAAGAGAAACACUGGACACUGUUGAGGAAAGAUCAUCUGUAGAUGUGCUG